UGCAACGUGUAUCUGAUGGGUUGGGGGCUUCAUCAAACUUUCUCUGCUGGGCAUCUCUACCCCGCUGCUCCCGGGAACCCCCAUCUCACCCGGCACUCACAGCAACGGCCACUGCCUUUGGGUGUCCGCACCUCCGGGGAGCCAGCGGCCCAGAUCCAAGCGCGGUACGGCCUGCCGUGCUCACCACCGUCGCACCUGGGGCUGGGGAGGACGCGGCACGCACGCCGGAGGGCUCCUUGGAUAGCCCAGAGACCACUUAGCUGUUUCCUUUUGACACGUGCACAUUUUAAAUUCCUUCUGGCUUGUUUUGCCCGUGGGCGAAACCAGCACAUGGUUAUGAGCUUUAGGGUAUCAGAACUGCAGGUUCUCUUGGGCUUUGCUGGCAGGAACAAGAGUGGAAGGAAGCACGAGCUGCUCGCGAAGGCGUUACAGCUGCUGAAGUCUGGCUGCAGCCCAGCUGUUCAAAUGAAAAUCAAGGAGUUGUACCGGCGAAGGUUCCCCAGGAAGAUCUUAACCCCGUCAGACUUAUCCAUGCUCCAUAUGCAGACGGGGCAGCUGCCUUCUGCCACUGCACUGACUCAGGGCACCGUGUGCCACCUGCCCUACGAUAAUGGUUCGGCAGCUUCUGCAGUGCCGGCGGCGAUGCUGCCUCCAGUGCCUAUGCUGGGACCCAAACACGAGACAGAUGUUCAGCACUUAUCUCCACCCAUCCACCCGGUCCAUCCAGAUGUCAAAAUGAAGAGACUGCCCUUCUACGAUGUGUAUGAUGAGCUGAUUAAACCCACCACGCUAGCGUCUACAAACAGCCAACGGUUCGAAGAGGCUCACUUCACCUUCGCACUAACGCCGCAGCAAGUGCAGCAGAUCCUCACCUCUAGAGAUAUGUUACCAGGUGCCAAAUGUGAUUACACUGUACAGGUACAACUAAGGUUUUGCUUGUGUGAAACCAGCUGUCCCCAAGAAGAUUAUUUCCCUCCUAAUUUAUUUGUCAAGGUCAAUGGAAAACUCUGCCCCUUACCUGGCUACCUGCCUCCCACAAAAAAUGGCGCAGAGCCAAAACGGCCGAGCCGUCCCAUCAACAUCACUCCUCUGGUGCGGCUGUCAGCGACUGUCCCCAAUACGAUUGUAGUGAACUGGUCCUCCGAGUUCGGCCGGAACUACUCUCUGUCAGUUUACCUGGUGAAGCAGUUGACUUCAGUUACCCUGCUACAGAAGCUGAGAGCCAAGGGUAUCCGCAACCCAGACCACUCCCGAGCCCUGAUCAAAGAAAAAUUAACAGCGGAUCCUGACAGCGAGAUAGCCACGACAAGCCUGCGAGUGUCCCUUAUGUGCCCGCUGGGGAAGAUGAGGCUAAUCGUGCCCUGCCGAGCUAUUACUUGCACCCACCUCCAGUGCUUUGAUGCAGCGCUCUAUCUCCAGAUGAACGAGAAGAAACCCACGUGGACCUGCCCUGUGUGUGAUAAGAAAGCCCCCUAUGACAACCUGAUCAUUGAUGGGCUGUUCAUGGAUAUCCUCAAUUCAUGCACAGACUGCGAUGAGAUUCAGUUCAUGGAAGAUGGCUCCUGGUGUCCCAUGAAGCCCAAGAAAGAGAACCAGGAGGUGUGCCAGACAGCAGCGUUCAAUGGGAUUGACGCCAGUGCCCUUUACACAGUGAGCACAGAGGGGAAGACCUCAGAAGGCAAGAAGAAAGUGGAGGUCAUUGAUCUCACACUGGACAGUUCGUCAGAUGAAGACGAGCCUCCUUCUAAGAAGCAGUGCCCUGUCACCACGGUGGCUAUCCCGUCCACCACAGGACCCAAGGGGGUGCUAAGCGUUGACCACCAGCCCUCCUCUGUCCUUCGAAGUCCUUCCAUGACAGCUAUCGGCAGCGACUAUCUCUCCAGCCUUCCUAUCCCCGAAUACCAUCCUUCAUACCAGGUGCCAUCAGAGAUCCAAGGUCUGGAUUUGUUUUCCUUCCUUCAGAGUGAAAAUCAGCAUUACAGCCCUUCCGUGAUCACCUCCCUGGAUGAGCAGGACACCCUCAGCCAUUUCUUCCAGUACCGAGGCACGUCCACCCAUUUCAUGAACCCCCUGGCCCCCGUGAUGGCAGGAUCCCACAGCGCCGUCAGCCCCGCCAGCAGCCGCAUCAGCAGCAUUGUCUCCACGAGCGCCAUGCGGGACAGCCAUGGACGAAGCGGGGCGAUAAGUAGCAGCACGGCUCUGCCAGGCUGCCGCUCAGACAUCAUUUCCUUAGACUGACCCACCCCUGGUGCUGUUUGGUGCAUUGUUCUCCCCCUACCUGGGGACGGGAGACCAAGGCACGUCUGCUCUCUCGAGCGGGUGCUCAGCUGGGACUGGAAGGACCCAACCAGUAAUAACUGGGUUAAAUUUCCUUCUUGAUCGAGACAACUCUCCCUUCGCAGCCAGCUCCAUGGUGACUUCCAGCCGUACCUCCAGGAAUCCUCAUUUUCCAAGGGUUCAGUAUCAACCCCUCACUUCCCAGAUGUGUUUUUGUAGGGUUCUGGGGCCGCUCUGUGCGAACACCACCACCCCUGUGGCCAGUAGGUGCACAGCAGUCAUUUCCCCAGGCCUUUCCUCCCUGUGUGAAUGUCUCCUCCUUCCCUUUGCACCAGGCCCCAUGCAGUGGUAGCCAUCAUUGCCCUGCUGGAGGGGAUUGCAGAGAAGAGCUGGUAGAGGUGAGGAGGGCCAGUGGCUUCCAAGCAGAUGCCUGCCACUAUCAUCCAAUAGCUCCAGCAUGUUUGCAGUGGGAAUUGGGUUGGGGCUGCAGUGGGGGUGUCCUGUGGCUUGUGUGACCCCUCCAUGCUUUCAGGCCCAGCACUGGGUCACUGCAGAGGCCUAAAGAGUUAGGAAGACACCAGUAAAAGUCUCCUUGUGGCCUGCCCCAGGGUUAGAGAACCAGCCAAGCAGAAAGCAGCGGAGCCUCCUUUCCAGCCCCACUAGUAGCUCGGGAUGUUUCCGAUAUGGUGCUAGCCACUGCGGGCAGGGGCAGGCAGAUACCGGAGCUUGAAAGACCUGGUGGGGCUGGCUGAGAGCAAUGCCCUUGGGGUCUAAAUUCAGUGCAAGAAAAGAACCCAUUUCUCCCCCCGCCUGUCCCCGCUAUCUAAUCCAUCUCUCGAUCCUUCCAGUCUGCGCAGGCUGGCAGAUGGGAACCAGUACGUUUUCAAGGAGGAAAAUGAAUCAGGCCUCAGGUUGAGUAACCUCUGGCGUCACGAGUAACUGGAGAGGGACAUUUUGCCGUUGAAUUCCCAAUGUUAGCUGUGCGUCCCCUACGGCUUGCCUUGAUGUGUACGAACCAAGGCACCCGGAGAAGCUCGAGGCCGUUUGAACCAUCGGCUCUUGAUGUGGUAUCUGGUAGCAACCCCGAAGCUGCUGGGGUGAGGGGUGGAAGACAUUCUUACCAGCAGGCCAGCGGAGACCUGGCUGCUUGUCUCCCACCCACCUUUCCCUGCACUGGCACUGGGGUCCAGCCUAGCCCCAACUGUAAUUACGAUGUAUUUUUUUAAUUGUAGAUUUCUUUUCCUCCUUUUAAAUAUUCCUGAUGCGGAUCUGUACAGAGAACAAAGAGAUAUCUAUAUUUUCAGUUGCAGCUUUUGUACAUAGACAAUUCCAAAGACUUCCCCGUUUUCUGUACCAACAUGAGGAUGAGAUGAAGGUUGUGUGGCCCCCGCCGUGGGGAGCAGCACAUCGCCCAUUGCACAAUUUAUUUAUGUAUUUAAAUGUAUCCUGUUGAGUUUGUCGCCUUUCCCAGCAAACCUCACUGCUGCCCCGUGAGCGUCCAGCCCAGCCAGGGGUCUCGCUAAACCCCCCUCACCGACGUACUGCUGGUUCCAUCUGCUUUUUGUUUAGCUGGACGGGCACGUGAGUCAUGAGCUCUUCGAAGACAAGGGCCACAUGGGCAUUUGGAAAGGUUUAAUAUGUAGCAAUUGUUGGCACCUUUUCUUUUUGUUCAGUAAGCGUUCCACCACCAAGUGUUAAAGCAAGGCCAUUUCCCUGUGGGAGAAGGGGCUGGUGCCUGAGUGGGAACUGAGGUGGCAGCGUGCGGCUUUCUACUUCCCACCUCCGUGUAUCCUGGCCGUAAGCAGUGUUUCAAUGCAAUAAAAGCUGCCCAUCUCAACAGCUCAGCCCAGCAUUCUCCAAGCAGGCUUCACCACACUGGUCGCUUCUCCUCUCUGCCUUUUUUGAAGCCCGGGUGAUGCUCUUCCAGCUCUUCGUUCAAGAGCCGUUCGCUGGAGAAGGCUGAGUGAACGCCCUUCCAGCUAGCUCCCGGAGUGCUGUUUUUACUGCCUAAAGAUCUCCAAGCACCAGGCCCAAGCGUGGGUAAGCCCAGAGGGAGCUCUCCGCACCUGCUCUGUUUGCAGUUCUCGGGUCGGAGAAGCACCAGGGCCAGGAUCUGCUGUUGGGAAGAGGGGGGGCUCUGAAAGCACCUUUCCUCCCUCUGCAUUUGAUCUCCCCAGUACCGAUCCGGAGAGGGGCUAGGACCAGACCUGCUACCCCGUAUACGUUUCAGUAGGAACAUAACUGUUUUCUCUUUUUAAGUCCCAAGGCCUGGUGGGAAGGGGACCAGCCCCAGCUAUUCUCUCUUAACAUCCAGCCCUAACCAUCUCUCUUCUGUGUUGUCCUCCACUGCCAACAGCUGAGAGUCUGUCAGCAGGCCCCAAGAUAAGCAGCUGACAGAGCGUCCCAGCUCCCUUGGCAAACACAGCAGCUCCGCUCUCCUCUCCUGGGCAGACAGAUACUUUCAGUGUUACCUGGAGGUGGGGUCUGUCGAUACAGGCCCGGGCAUGCGAAGGCUACGGGUUGCAGUGGCUGUUUUAAAGUUUUGUACAUAAGAUAAGCUGUUUCGGGGGCAAGGGGGCGUCUUUUGAUACUACUGUCCAAAAUCCCUUCGUGGUUUGUUUUAGUUUUUUUUAUAAACUCUCACAGGAGGGAAACAUUUUCUCUAUAUGCACCGUUUGGAAAGAGACGGCUCUCUGUGGCUUAUUUAUUCUGUCCGUUUGAUAUCCAGCUGUUUAUCUACUCGGAAGAGUCCUGUAUAUGCAAACUACCUUUUAAAUAAAGUUCUGGGGUGGGGGGGGAAAAAGCCUCCCGUCCUUGUGUGCAUCCCA